UCUUGCUCCCUCGCUUAGCCAAGCUUUGUUUUCAUAGACUCCAAUUAAAGAAUGGGAGAUCUCUCUCUAUGUGUGUGUUGAGCUUGAGACUGAAAUGAUGACGAUUCUCUUCUCGGCUCGAUAUCUCUUCUCUAUGCUCGUCCUUCUCAGCAUCACUAACUUAGCUACUGCUGCCACUCUUCUGCCCCAAGAUGAAGUGGAUGCGUUGAAAGAAAUAGCAAAGAUGUUAGGGAAAUCGGAUUGGAAUUUCGACGCAGAUCCAUGCGGUGUAGAGAGUGGAUGGGGUGACAAUGAAGUAAGUGGUACAACUACCAACGCUGUCACCUGCAAGAAUUCCACCGACGCCCACAACAACAACAUUUCCCACGUCAUCAGCAUACGACUUUGGGAGCAAUCUCUUGCCGGCACCCUUCCGCCUCAAUUGUUCAGAUUGCCUUUCCUCGAGAACUUUGAUGUCUCCCGCAACUACCUGAACGGCACAAUUCCUAAAGAAUGGGGCUUUACGAAGUUGAAAUACAUUUUUGUACUCGGAAACCGAUUGACUGGUCCAAUCCCGAAGGAGUUGGGGAACAUAUCCACACUUUUGGGAUUAAGCGUCGAAAGCAAUUGGCUUUCUGGACCUCUUCCUCCAGAGCUCGGGAACUUGUCCGAGUUAAAUUAUAUGUUCCUUGUGUCAAAUAAUUUCACUGGGGAGCUGCCUCAAACAUUUGUUAACUUCAGGAAAUUAUAUGACCUGCGACUUUGUGAUAAUCAGUUCACGGGAAAGAUACCCGAUUUUAUUCAGAACUUGACAAAUCUCACAACACUGGUUAUUCAAGGAAGUGGAUUGCAAGGACCGAUUCCCUCUGGGAUCGCACUUUUGGAGCGAUUGAUCGACUUGAGAAUAAGUGACCUCGAUGGACCCGAGUCUCAUGUUCCACAACUUAACAGUACAGAUAUUCAAACACUGAUUCUGAGGAGCUGCAAUCUCAUGGGAGAGCUACCUGGUUAUCUAGCAAAUAUGACAAAUCUAAAAAUAUUAGACCUCAGCUUCAACAAACUGAGUGGCAAAAUCCCUAAAUCCUACAGCAGCCUGGAAAAAGUAGAAUAUAUGUAUCUAACUGGAAACCAGUUGACUGGAGCAGUCCCUGAUUGGAUCCUGGUGAAAGGAAAAAUUGAUUUAUCAUACAACAACUUCACUGCUGGAGGCUCAGAAUGUCAUGAAGGAUCUGUCAACUUGUUCGCAAGCUCCGAGGUUGAGAAUGCAACCUCAUAUUCUGCCACAAGUGGACUUGUCUCGUGUUUGCAGAGUCAACGUUGUGCAAAAAGUCGGUAUAACCUCUUCAUAAAUUGCGGUGGGAGCAAAGCAGAAGUAAGGGGCACCACAUACGAAGAUGACUCACAGGAGGCUACACCUUCAAGUUUCUUCAGGAGUGAUUACUGGGCCUACAGUAGCACUGGUUACUUCACCGAUGACGAUAGCACUGCAGUUAGCUAUGAAGUUAAAAACACAUCCACACUGUCCAUGAAUAAUGCCCAACUUUACAUGGAAGCACGACGUUCUGCCAUCUCUCUAACUUAUUACGGUUUUUGUCUGAUGGAUGGGCCCUACAAUGUAACCCUUCAUUUUGCGGAGAUAAUGUUCACAGGCAACAAAAGUUAUAAAAGCCUUGGAAGGAGAGCUUUUAAUAUUUAUAUACAAGGGAAAUUGGUGUGGAAAGAUUUCAACAUUGAGAUUGAAGCAGGUGGAGUUGGAAAGGAGGUCAUGAGAAAUUUUGCUGCCAUCGUGACCAAGGGCACUCUGGAGAUACGCUUCUAUUGGGCUGGGAAAGGAACCACUGCUAUACCUGAUGGAGGAGUCUAUGGUCCUCUUAUAUCUGCUAUCUCCGUCUACCCUGGCUUUGAUCCCCUGGCCAGCAGAUCUGCUGGCACAGUGGCUGGGAUUCUGGCUGCUUUAGUUUUUGUAGUUUUCCUUAUCCUGGUUAUCCUUUGGUGGAGAGGACGCCUUGGACUGGUUAUCCUUUGGUGGAGAGGAUGCCUUGGACGUAAAGAUAAAAUGGCACAAGAUUUGAAGGGUCUAGCAUUGCAAAUUGGUUUAUUUACCUUGCGACAGAUUAAAGCUGCCACAAACAAUUUUGACACUGCCAAUAAGAUAGGAGAAGGUGGUUUUGGUUCUGUAUACAAGGGUUUUCUGUCAGAUGGCACUAUAGCAGUGAAGCAGCUUUCAUCCAAAUCACAACAAGGAAAUAAUGAGUUCCUGACUGAGAUUGGGAUGAUUUCUGCUCUUCAGCAUCCACAUCUUGUGAAACUCUAUGGAUGCUGCAUUGAAGGAAAUCAACUUUUGCUGGUUUAUGAGUACAUGGAAAAUAACAGUCUUGCUCGCGCUUUAUUUGGUCCUGAAGAAUUUCAGUUAAAGUUGGAUUGGUGGACAAGACACAAGAUAUGCGUGGGUAUUGAGGGAUUGGCAUAUCUUCAUGAAGAGUCAAGGCUGAAGAUUGUGCAUAGAGACAUUAAGGCUACUAAUGUUUUACUGGAUAAGGAUCUCAACCCUAAAAUAUCAGAUUUUGGUUUAGCAAAGCUUGAUGAGGAGGACAAAACACAUAUUAGCACCAAGAUUGCUGGAACUUAUGGAUAUAUGGCACCAGAGUACGCAAUGCAUGGUUACCUCACUAACAAAGCCGACAUCUAUAGUUUUGGCAUUGUUAGCUUAGAAGUUGUUAGUGGCCGGAGCAACACUAGCUCCCAAAAAACUGAGGAAUGCUUUAUUCUACUCGAUUGGGCACACUUUCUGAAGGAGAGAGGAAAUUUGAUAGAACUAGUUGAUCCGAGGCUUGGUUCUCACUUUGACAAAGAGGAAGUGCUGGCAUUGAUAAAGGUGGCUUUGAUGUGUACUAAUGUGACUCCAGCACUAAGGCCGCCAAUGUCAUCUGUGGUUAGCAUGCUUGAAGGCAAGGUUGCUGUUCCAGUGCUGGACUCUGCAGGCGCUAUCAUGACUGAGGAGAAAAUUGAGGCCAUGAGGAAGCAUUUUAGAGGUGACGAACAUCAGGCAGUUGGUGAGAAUAUCACCAAGAGUAUGUCUAUUGAAGGGCCACAGACUGGAGCCGCUUCGUCUGCGUCUGGUAAUGAUCUCUAUCCAGUAUUUCUGGAUACUGAUUACUAGCACAAGAGAGAGUAAGAAAUGGUUUGUUGUGUUCUAAGUAAAUUAGUUCUUGAAAGAACUAGGGCUUCAUUGGGUAAUCCUUGCAGCAGAAUUCUUAAAUGUUGCUUCGAAGUUUCUCUUUCGCUCACAUUUGGAACUGAAGGUAUAGGUAAUAUAAACAAAACAACGAGUGUUAUGCAGUGCAGUAAUUGGGUAUUGUGAACUAAUUAGUGGGGAAAGCCUAAAGACAAUGGCUUGUGGUUUGGUGUUUGUAUUCGUGCUGUCUCUUUCCAUUUUGUUAUUCAAAGAGAGACGAUGUUGCAACUUUUUCCUUUUCACACAAUAAUGAUGUGGAUGGUGGCCACUGCAAGGGAGGGAAUCUAUUACGGAAGCUUUUCAUUUGUUUGAAUGGCGAGAUGUGCGAAGUGGCACCUUCUUGCUCUGGAUGUGUUUUGUUCACGAGCUCGACUUGUUAUAUGUUGCUACUCAAGAAUUUCUCUUAGCAGAUGCCAAUUUUUUGUCUUUA